ACCUUGAUAAACUCAAUCGCACUGCACAGGAUGCAAUAUAUCACCAGUAUACAAGAUAAAGUUGAAGCAAUUUCGUUUCAACUCUCUCAUUUCUAUCGAACGAACCCUGCACAACAAUAACAAUCAGCUGUCAGAGCGUACGUCAACCUUGUUGUUGUGUUGUUGAUGAGAUGUGUUUGCUCAAGCUCAAAACACGCCGAGCUGAUGCCGUUUGUUAAUUCUGUAAAAUUCACAUACUUACGAUGCACAACGUUGAGCAAAUCUGUCGUCUUUGCUUGCGUAGCUUUCCCCGAGUGGCGCGAGGCAAAAUCGCGAUCGUCAAUGAGGCGUUUCAACCAAAGCUCAAGGCCGUGUUUCCAUUUGCGAUUUUACCCGUUGAAAAUCUUCCCGCCGAAGCUUGCCGCGGAUGCCGUGUGACGGUGGAACAAUUCUUCGAGUACAGUGAAAAGGUACGAUCGCAUCAGGCGAGUUUAGAAGCUGCAUUACCAAUCGAGUACCAGGAUGAAGCAGGUAAUCCGCCCGCGGAGACGGUUAAGGGGGAGUCGAACGAAAAGUUUGCACCAGAAACGAACAUCUUCCGGCAAACGCUUUCGUUUGAGUCCAGCACCGUUGAAGCCAAUGAACAGUUUCACGUGGAGCUGUUGAAGGUGGAACCGCUGGGAGAAGGCACGCAGCACGGAGAAAACGCGGAUGAAACACAGCUCUCCGGCAGUUUGAUUAAAAUGGAAUCAAGCGAAAACGAGGACGAUGAUUAUCAUCUUGAGCAGGUGGACACCCUUACAGCUUCGCCAAACGAACAGCCGACCGACGAAUUGCUACUGCAUAACGAGCAACGGCGGGGUCCAGUGCCGACAGCUAAAAGGAAAAAGAAACGACCCCGGGCGGAGGACGAAAAGCUGUUGCGAGAACAUUUUCACCUGGGCUGUGAAAUGUGCCCGUACAUGUCGGAGACGGUACCGGAUCUGUUUCAGCAUUACCGCCAGGAGCACAAAACCACCGGUUACGUGCAGUGCUGCAACCGAAAGUUCUUUCGCCGGGCGCGCCUGCUCGAACACCUUGGCGCGCACCUCGGUUCGAUCGUGUGCGACAUCUGUGGCAAAGUGUUCCGCAACACGUUUUCGCUCGAGCUGCACAAGCUUGACCAUGACGCGCCGGACGCGCGACAGUUCAAAUGUGAUCAGUGCAGUUUUUCCUUCCACAAGCUGUACCAUCUAAAGCAGCACAAGAAACGCCACGAGCGGGUACGCUGCACCAUCUGCGGCAAAGUGCUGGCCGGUGAGCUGGGACUGAAAGGGCAUAUGCAAAAAAUGCACGGAAACGAUAACAAGCAGAUCUGUCCAACGUGCGGUAAAGAAUUCCGGUGCAAUUUGGCGAUGGAACGCCACCUCAAGGCACACCUCGGCACGCUUACGAUCGAGCGCGUCCAGUGUGACCAGUGUGACAAAUGGUUCGACAGUAAGCUCAACCUGCGCAGUCACUGCAAGCGGGUGCAUGAUGAAAUGGGACCGAUUCAGUGUGACGAGUGUCAGCACAUCAGCCCCAAUCGUAGGGCGCUCGUCAAUCAUAAGGUGCGAGCCCACGGCCAGAAGCAGGCGUACGAGUGUGAGUACUGUGGCAAGAAGCUGAACACGAAGCUAACGCUGAAGGAACAUUUGGCAAUCCAUACGAACGUUCCGCUGUACUCGUGCGAGUUCUGUGGGAUCACUUUCAAUUCGAACGCGAACAAGUACGUUCACCGAAAGAGCAAACAUCCGCAGGAAUGGGAAGCGCUGAAGCAACAGAAGCUGCUGAAACGAAUGACCCCUACCGUGGAUUCAGUUUGAAGUUGGAUUGCAUCAUUGUGGGCGCGAAUAAAUAGUUUCCGGGUAGUCAUAUUUUGGUAUCGGUUUGCCAAACUUUAAGCUCCCUUAAAUUACUGGACAUUCAGUACUACGAAGUGCGAAUGGAUUUUAACAAACAAUCCUACCGUGUUAGCCACCAAUGUCGAUACUUGAAGUAGCGGAAAUACAAGUUCAGAGUGGGAUUUCUAUAGCCGGAGUUAGCUGGAGUAAGACUUAUUUUCACUUAAGGUCACGUAUUUUUUCAUGCCUUUGUACUGGCUCACGGAAGUCAUUUAAUGGACUGAAUAAUUGUUGUAAAUGUAUAGUGCGUGUCCGCCGUCACAUAUCCGUCUCGGUAUCUUUCCAAUUAUAGUCUGAAGGUAACGCUUUAAUUGAUAAAAUAAAUCUCUUAACAGCAAAACGUGUCUCCUACA